GACGAAGACAAAGACGAAGAGAAUCAAUCUCACAAGAUUAAAAAAAAACAAAAAAGAUAAUUCGCAUAAUCAUAAAUAACUUCAAUUAUCACCAGAUUGCAAGCUUGGCUAUUAUAACUUCUCUUCAAUGUCCUCUUUUUAGAUCUUGAAUUUUUUUUUUUUUGUUUUUACCGAAAAAAUCAAAAUCAAAAUCAAUCCAUGGCGCCCAAAUCGAAAAACCUUCGUUAUCAGCCGCGAAAAUCUUCAUCGCGAUCGACUCAAGCCUUCACAGUGCUCAUCCUUCUGCUCGUAGUGAUUCUGGUUCUUCUCGGUCUCGGGAUCUUGUCACUUCCCAAUGCCAACAGAAACUACUCGAAGCCCAACGAUUUGACCAACAUUGUGCGCAAGACCGAGGAGAGUUAUGGAGAUGAGGAAGGAAGCGGCGAGCGUUGGGUUGAAGUGAUUUCGUGGGAGCCUAGAGCUGUUGUUUACCACAAUUUCUUGACCAAUGAAGAAUGUGAGCACCUGAUCAGCCUUGCUAAACCGAGCAUGGUUAAGUCAACCGUGGUUGAUGAGAAAACCGGUGGGAGCAAAGAUAGCAGAGUAAGGACGAGCUCAGGAACUUUUCUUAGAAGAGGACAUGACGAAGUUGUCGAGACGAUUGAGAAAAGGAUCUCAGAUUUCACCUUCAUUCCUAAAAUGGAGAAGGUCUUCAAGUUCUUCACUACCAAGUUGGGCAGAAGUAUGAGCCUCACUAUGAUUACUUCUUGGACGAGUUCAACACCAAGAACGGAGGACAACGAAUAGCUACCGUACUUAUGUACCUCUCGGAUGUUGAUGAUGGUGGCGAGACUGUGUUCCCAGCAGCAAAAGGAAACAUUAGUGCGGUCCCAUGGUGGAACGAGCUCUCGAAAUGCGGCAAAGAAGGACUCUCUGUUCUACCAAAGAAGCGAGAUGCUUUACUUUUCUGGAACAUGAGACCUGAUGCUUCUCUAGACCCUUCGAGUUUGCACGGUGGAUGUCCAGUGGUGAAAGGAAACAAAUGGUCAUCAACGAAAUGGUUCCAUGUCCACGAGUUCAAGGUUUAAGAGAAACAUAUACAAAACAAAAGCUCAAAAUUUGAGGAGGUUUUUCACAACAACCCAAAUUUGUGGUGAUGCAGUUUAAAACAGAUGUAUUGUUGUAUUUCCCUUUCAAAGUGAGAGAUCCUUAGGAAUAUUGGAGGCUGUUUGUUCAUGAGGGAUGUUUGAAAUUUUAUUCUACUUUUUUUUGUGUAACUUUACAUGUUUGGUCUUUUGAGUUUUAUGACUUUAAUAAUUUAAUAAAACCAUGCAUUUUCUGUUUACACUCGCUAAUAGAUGGAAACACAAAAGCAUAACUUAAUCGAAAGAGAAAACACAAACUUCUUGUAUCAAAAGAAAAAAACACAAGUUCUUGCACCAAACCAUAAUAGCUAAGGAAAAGAACAAAACACAAAGUUCUUGCAUGAUCAAACCAUAACAGCUAGAGUCUCCAUCACGGCAAAAUCUCCAGUCAAAACUUGAUCACACCACUCAACUUUACCCAAAACAUCUACUCCUUGACGUUUUGCCAGCGAGAUCUCCGCACACAAAAUCUCUUUUUGUUUUUUUUUUUUCUUUUUCAAUAAACAAAUACAGUUUCCCACUGUAACCCACAAUAUUCUUAAGUGUAUAUGAUGCGUUCAUCUCAGCCAACAAUUCUUCCAAACCUUUCACCACUCCCCAACACCUCUGCUUUGGAUCAUACGUAUUUAAACUAUCGUCAUCUUCAUCGUAGUAGUACAAUACGUCAUCAACCACACACGUGUCCAUCCACAAUUUUGAAUUCAGCACCUCUUCUGUUUCACAUUUUCUUUCCUUUGGAUCGUAAACAAAGUAUACAAAGUGAUCCUUAUAUUUCCUCGUGUACAACUUACCAGCCAUCGCGACACAAUCAUACGCCCCCGUGACCUCCAUGAUAGGCUCCCACGUUUUUGUUUCUGUAUUGAACAUAGCUGUUCUAUCUCCAAUUACGUAGAUUCUUCCGUCGAUGAUGUCAGCGACUAGACUAGACAUGGGCACAGGCAUGCUCGGGAGAGGUUGCACCGUAUGAGAUCUACAGUCGAUGCUUAAGACAGUUGAUGUCUUAUCGCCAUCACAAACACUACUAAUCACAUAUAUCUCUGAGCCCACCGCGACAUAGCUUGCCCUGGGAGGCAUAGCUGGAAGCGAAUGGAUAAGGACCAAGCGGCUUUUAUUGCCGUUGGCUUUCCCGCAGAGAAUAUACAAACGGUUGUGAUGCAGCGUAUAUUUAAUAUAUUUAUUAAAUAUUUAUAUUUUAUUUAUAUUAGUUAUUUAAUUAUUAUUUUAUAAUUUUUAGAGUUUUAGGGGUUUCUAAUAUUUGUUAUAAAUAGCCGUUUAAGCUUUUUGUAUUCUUUGUAUUAUUUAGAUUUUGAUGAAUUAAUAAAAAGGAGAUUUCUUAAAAGGAGUUUUGAUAAACCACUGUGAAAGUAUUCACAAAUCCUAGUUUUUAGGUAUUCUCAAAAUCAACGGAUCUAAUUCUAUCCGUAAUAGCUUCCGCCCCAUCAAAUUAUCACGGGCUGUUGUAGAGGACAAGAUAGGGAGAGUGUUGAAUACCUGGAUCUCGGUACGCGCGCUAAGAUGUCAACGAUGACGUCUUCGGGAAGUGACGUCAUCAGAGACGGUGGUCCCGACGGCUGCUUCUUCGCUACCCUAAUUUGGGAAGACAUGCCACGUUUUGAGCAAAAGAAUGUUGCAGCAGACAGUUUAGGAUAAGUAUUUU